AUGGAAAGCAAAGCAAGAGCUAUUGCCUCCUUUGUCCUAGCUGUAGUCUUAUGUGUUGCGGUUUUGAUCACUCCAGGAGUAGUAGCUAAUGAGCAACCACCACAGUCAAAAUCUCCACUGACUUCUCCUAUCGACAUAGAGAAAUGUUGGUCCUCUCUCUUUAACGUUCAUGGAUGCGUACUCGAACUCUUCCAAUCAGUUUUCUCUGGCAAGUUUGGAAAUGUUGGAAUCGCGUGUUGCAAGGCGUAUUCGACCAUUGAUGCUAACUGUUGGCCUCAUAUGUUCCCGUUGAACCCGUUCUUCCCACCUCUUCUUAAAGACAACUGCGCACGCAUCGUUCCAAAUUCUCAGGCACACAACUGA